GAGGGGGAGAAAGAUAGUAACCAUGGGCUUCCCUACUUGUAGUGGUGGCUUGGGGGAGCCGAGUAUAGUCCCAGUCUCUCGUGGGCGGAGGCGAUAGCGGGAUGUGGGAGCAGGGUAUCCCUUCGUUUAGGGUCGCAAUAGGACAGCAUGGAGGGGCUCUCAGGAUCCUGUUCGCCUGUUUAACUGCCGCCUAACCCCACGGAGUGGGCAGUGUGUGGAGCUGAGCAGCGGAGGCCUGUCCGUGCGGCUCGGCACGGCUUGGCUCGGCCAUUUCCCUGGGCUGGGGCAGCUGGAUAGCUGCCGCCGUGAAUGCGGCACGUCGCUUUAUUCAUCAUCCUUGUCAAGAUCUGGAAGUGCAACUCAGAAUAGGGUAGUACCUGCAAAUUGAUAGUGGGCUGAGGAGAUGUUUUUGACAAGAAGCUUGAGAUCUCUCCUUCCCAAUGUACUGAGAAGAAUAAUUCGAUACAACAGACUCAGUAUUAGUAAUACUUCUGGAAUGGCAGAAGGGUAUAAACAGGCCAAUGUUGUGAUUUUGCACAAGUCCCUGGCUGAUGACUUUGAGAAGUUUUGCCAUGCAAAUGAUGGGCCUCUGCCACUGCUGUACAGAAGUAAACCAGGUGACUGGAAAUGCCCUUCUCUGAGUAGUGAUUCUGAUAUCAGAACUGACUGCCUGCAGUACAGAAUAUAUGAGCAUGGAGCUUGUACUGGAUCACUGAAAAGCCUAAAGGAAUAUUCUCAACAACUUAAGGACAUGGUGACUUUUUACAUAGGCUGCAGCUUCUCUUUUGAAAAGGCAUUCCAAAAUGCUGGCAUUCCCAUAAGAAACGUUGAGCAAAAAUGUAAUGUAAGCAUGUAUAAGACAGAUGUGCCUUGCUAUACCAUUUCUACUUUUUGCUGCAACCUAGUAGUCACCAUGAGACCUAUUCCUGAAAGCAAGUUGGGAGCAGCUGUACUAUCAACAUCCGAGUUAAAAGAAGCCCAUGGAGCACCAGUUCACAUAGGUGACCCUGGUCUGCUGGGAAUACAAGACCUUUCCAAACCAAACUAUGGAGAUCCAGUUCGCCUCCACCCUGGUGAUAUUCCAGUGUUUUGGGCCUGUGGAGUGACAGGAGUAGAAGCAGUUGUCAACAGCAGACCUCCAUUAGCUUUUACUCACUCUCCUGGCUGUAUGUUCGUUACUGACCUAAAGAAUGACAAUGCCGCACUCACAUCUUCAAGAGAGGUUCCACAAGUCCACUGCAUUUCUCAAAGUCCUCUGCAUUAUAGCAUUGUGUCAGCAGAAGCAGCCCAAAAGAUAAAGACUCUAGAGACCCUAAUUGGAAUAGAUCCAGGAGACCGAGGUAUAAUUCAUCUCCUUCGCCAGGACGAGCUGCUGAAGGCUUGCCUGUCCAUGUCUCACGCUCAGUCAGUGCUGAUAACAACUGGAUUUCCUACCCACUUCACUCACGAACCACCGGAAGAGAAUGACGGGCCCCCAGGAGCCCUUGCUAUUGCAGCUAUGUUGCAGGCCUUGGAGAAAGAGGUUGCCAUAGUAACCGACCAGAGAGCCAUGAAUCUGAACAAAAAGAUUAUCGAGGAGGCUGUUCAAAUAGGAAUCCUGAAGAAACCCAUUCCUCUGUUGAGUUAUCAAAGGGAAAGUGCUGAUUCAGCUUUAACAUUUUUGUGUGAGAAUGGGAAUCCUGGAAAACCUAGAUUUGAUCACCUGGUAGCAAUAGAGCGUGCUGGGAUGGCUGCUGAUGGCAAUUAUUACAAUGCCAGGAAAGUUAACAUUAAACAUCUCGUUGAUCCCAUAGAUGAACUAUUUUUAGCUGCACAAACCAUUCCAGGAGUCACAACAACAGGUGUUGGAGAUGGAGGAAAUGAAUUAGGAAUGGGCAAAGUAAAAGAUGCUGUAAAGAAGCACAUAAAAAAUGGAGAUGUUAUAGCUUGUGAUGUUGAAGCUGAUUUUACUAUUGUAGCUGGAGUCUCUAACUGGGGAGGUUAUGCCAUUGCUUGUGCUCUGUAUAUCCUCAACACUUGUGAAAUACACGACCGCUAUCUGAGGAAAGCUGUUGGAUUUCCACAGUUAUCUAAGAGGACGAUCUGGCUUUCAGCACUUCCCUCUGUUGCCAAGGAAGACAAACUUCUGAAAACGCUUGUGAGGCACGGGGUCCGCAGUGGGAAAACUGCCAGCCUGGAGAUGGAAGUGGAUGGGCUGCCCUUCUACACCACUCACUCACUUAUGAUUGAAAAGCUGCUGCAAGAAGUGCAACAGUGACUGGCUCUAAUGAUUUCUCUAUCAAGAGUCA